CCACCAGGUGACCAUCGACGGGCAGGUGCUGCACUACGAGGUGGCCGGAAGUGGGCCGCACGUCCUCCUCCUUCUCCCCGGAGCCAUCGGCACCGGCCGCGGCGACUUUGAGCACCAGCUGCGCGGCCUCGAUGGCGAGCAGUUCACCAUGGUCGCCUGGGACCCGCCCGGCUACGGGCAGUCUCGGCCGCCGGAGAAGGACUUUAACGACUUCUACCGGACGGACGCGGCGAUGGCGGCCAAGUUGAUGAAAAAGCUAAACCACCACCGGUACUCGGUACUGGGCUGGUCCGACGGCGGCAUCACUGGCAUGAUCCUCACCGCCGGCGCCGGCAGCUCCGCCGUGCAGAAGCUGAUCAUCUGGGGGGCGAAUGCGUACGUCAACGAGGAGGACCGGGCGGCGAUGCACCGGGUACGGAACCCCGCCACCGACUGGUCGCCCGCCUUCCGCCAGGCCUGCACCGCCAUCUACGGCGAGGAGUACUUCCGGCGGCUGUGGGACCGCCUAGUGGCCCACUACAUGCGACUGGACGACAUCUGCAAGGCCGAUCUGGGGGCCAUUAGCUGUCCGGUGCUGAUCCUCCAUGGCGACCUCGAUCCGAUGAUCAGCGGCGAGCACCCGGUCCACCUGGUGAACAACAUUGGCAAUGCGACGCUGUACCGCUUUCCCAAGGGGAAGCACAACAUUCACCAGCGCUACGCGGAGGAGUUUAACGGCCUGGUGGCGGACUUUUUGACGGGGACCUAG